AUGAAGAGGUCAACAAACAGAGCUUAACCACCACCGAAACUCUCCAUCCCCUCCAGUGAUCAAAUCUCCAACCAUGAGUAUGAGAAGCAAGCGCAGCAGCCGUCCAGGACUACGCACGUCUUCUGGGGGCUUCAGUAGCAUGUCCAUGGGAUCAUACUCCAUCCCCAGGAUGAGCAGCGGGGAUUAUCAGGGGGCUUCCAUUCAAGCUGUGACUGUCAACAAGAGCCUGCUCACCCCGAUAAACGUCGACAUCGACCCUAACGUACAAAUGGUUCGCAACAAGGAGAAAGAGCAGAUUAAAGGUCUUAACAAUCGUUUUGCCACAUUCAUUGAUAAGGUAAGGUUCCUGGAGCAGCAGAACAAAAUGCUGGAGACCAAGUGGAAAAUGAUGCAGGAACAGACGACCGCUUCCUCAUCUGUUGAACCCAUGCUGAAGUCCUACAUCACCAGCCUGCAGCAGCAACUGGAGUUUCUCAACAAUGACAAACACAGACUUGACAUGGAGAACAGUGUCAUGCACGAAAGUGUGAACAAAAGCAAGACAAUGUAUGAGGAACAGAUCAACAAAAGGAAUGAUGCAGAGAAUGAGUUUGUCAUGCUCAAAAAGGAUGUGGACGGAGGCUAUAUGUCCAAGGUGGAUCUAGAUGACAGGGUGUCUAUGAUAAGUGAUGAAGUCAACUUCCUCAAGGCUCUCUAUGACCAGGAACUGUGUGAGAUGCAGGAUAGCCUGAAGACAACCUCUGUGGUGGUGCAGAUGGACAACUCCCGAGCCCUAAACAUGGAUCAGAUCGUGGCAGAUGUCAAGGCUCAGUAUGAGGAGAUUGCCGGUCGCAGUCGUCAAGAGGCUGAAAGCUGGCACAAGAGCAAGUUUGACCAGGUCACAGCCACGGCCGACCAGUAUGGCAGUGAUCUGCGCAGUGCCAAGGGGGAAAUAUCUGAGCUCAAUCGAAUGAUCAGCCGCCUGCAGAAGGAGAUCCUGGCUGUAAAGGCACAGCAUGCCAACGUUGAGGGCCAGGUAACCGAAGCUGAGCAGCGCGGGGAGGGGGCCAUGCAGGAUGCCAAGGCUCGCAUCAGGGACCUGGAGCUGGCUCUGCAGAGGGCAAAGCAUGACAUGGCUCUGCAGCUCAGACAGUACCAGGAGCUUAUGAAUGUCAAGCUGGGCCUGGACAUAGAGAUCUCCACUUACAGGAAACUGCUGGAGGGAGAGGAGGAAAGAAUUGGACAGAACUCCAUUGUGAACAUCCAAACUGUGCCAAACGCAAUCGUCCAGGUUGACAGCCCCAGGUCGCGAAGGGUAAAUCCAAUCCUCAUCAAGACGGUGGAGACCCAGGACAUAACAUCAUGGAACUAAUGCAAAAAAGCUACAGGAUAUCAGCCUGCUGGAUCCCUGUGACCAUUUAACUCUAACCUUUGCAUUAAUAUCUUGUAACCUGCAAUAAGACAACUGCACCAAUGAGACAUUAUUUCCCCUCCCAUUGAAUGAAACAUGAAUGACCACUUCCUGUUUUGUUUUUUUAAUAAAGAUGUGCUCAGUUGCA